AUGGCAAAGCAUUUUCCAUUUGCAAUAAUACUUCAUGGUGCUUUUGCUCUCACAGUCCUUGUUCAUUCCCAGCAGGAUCAAUUAGGCUUCAUCAGCAUAGACUGUGGGAUACCAGAUGACUCAAGCUAUAAAGAUGGAAUAACAGAAAUCAAUUACGCUUCAGACUCAACGUUCACAGAAACAGGUAAAAAUGGGAAUAUUUCAGUCGAAUACAGAACCAAUUCUCUUGAACAGCAGUUUUGGACUGUCCGCAGCUUUCCUGAAGGAACCAAAAAUUGUUACACAUUAAGACCUUCACCAGGAAAAAACAGGAACUAUUUGAUCCGAGCAAGUUUCAUGUAUGGGAACUAUGAUGGCAUAGGCAAAAUCCCAAAUUUUGAUUUGUAUCUUGGAGUAAACAAGUGGGACACAGUGGCAGUGACAGAUGCAUCAAGUACAUUAACAAAGGAAAUUAUGCAUCUAUCCUUAUCAGAAGACAUCUAUGUUUGUCUUGUGAACACGGGCAACGGGACACCUUUCGUAUCAGUGUUAGAGGAAAGACCUUUGAACAACAAUACUUACGUACCUAAAUCAAGAUCACUGGAUCUCGUUGAGCGGUUUGAUUGCGGUUCACAAACCAAUAGAAGUUACAGGUACAAAGAUGAUGUUUUUGACCGCAUAUGGCAACCCUUGAACCUAAAUAUAUGGAAAAACAUUGCUACCAAUCUUUCGAUUGAUGGCAUAGGCCACCCCGAUUAUUACCAAGUACCGCAAUUAGUCAUGAGUACUGCAGUCACAAAAUUCAAUAUAAAUGAUCCCAUGUUUAUUACUUGGACUCCUGGCGGUGGUAACGCGGUGAUCCAAUAUAUCUACAUGCACUUUGCUGAAUCAGAAAACCUUCAACCGAACCAGUCUAGACAAUGCAACAUCUUUUUGAAUGGUAAUUUGUGGGAGGGAUCUUUUGUUCCCAGGUACUUAUCCACGAGUACAGUACACAGCAGCCCAGAUGGAGAAAUUGGACAACAGUUUCAGAUUUGGAUAAAUCAAACUGAAACUUCAACCCUUCCGCCCAUUCUCAACGCAGUCGAGUUCUACACAUUGAAACAGUUUUUACAAGCACAAACAGACCAAGAAGAUGUUGAUGCUAUCAAGAAUAUCAAAUCCAUAUAUCGAAUAAAGAGAAACUGGCAGGGAGAUCCAUGUGCCCCUAAAGAUUACGCGUGGAACGGUCUUAAUUGCAGCUACAAUAGUUAUGAUUCACCCAGCAUCAUAUCCUUGAACUUAUCCUCAAGUGGAUUGACUGGGGAGAUAGCUCCUUUCAUAUCAAAUCUCACAAUGAUACAGUAUUUGGAUCUAUCAAACAAUAGCUUAAAUGGAACUAUUCCCAUUUUUCUGUCACAGCUACCACUUUUGCGUGUCCUAAUCCUUCAAAAUAACAGCCUCUCAGGGUCCAUUCCCAUGGAACUCAUUGAAAGAUCAAAUAAGGGACUACUUUUUCUCAGUGUUGGCGGAAAUCCAAAUCUUGCUAGUAAUGGAGGAAAUCCAGAUCCAAAUCCUUGUGUGUCUAGUCAAUGCAAAAACAAAAAGAAUAUUGUUGUUCCAAUAGUAGCAGCAGUUGUUGGAUUUGCCAUCCUCUUAUCAAGUGGAAUUGCUCUAUUGUGGCACCUUAAAAGGAGGAAAAAAGCAGAUACACCAGCAAGGGAGUUGAACUUUGUAUCCAAUGAACAAGGUAUGGUGUUAGAGUCUAAGAAACAGCAGUUCACAUACUCGGAGGUCCAGAGCAUUACCAACAAUUUUGAAAGCGUUAUCGGGAAAGGAGGCUUCGGAACAGUUUAUCAUGGCUACUUAGAUGGCUUUCAAGUUGCUGUGAAGAUGCUUUCACAUUCAUCAGUUCAAGGGUAUAAGGAAUUUCAAGCAGAGGUAGGCCAAUUUUCUUUCAAAGUCCAUCACAAAAACAUAACUUCUUUUGAUGGAUAUUGCCAUGAAAACACCAAUAUGGGGCUCAUCUAUGAGUAUAUGGAAAAUGGAAACUUGGCAAUGCAUCUGUCAGAUAAAAAUGCAAGUUCCCUGAGUUGGGAAACUAGACUCAAAAUAGCGAUGGACUCAGCACAAGGAUUGGAGUAUUUGCACAAUGGUUGCAAGCCACCCAUUAUCCACCGUGACAUGAAGUCUACAAACAUCUUAUUAGAUGUAAAUUUUCAGGCAAAACUAACUGAUUUAGGGAUGUCUAAAGUUAUCCCCGAUGAAGGUGGCACUCAUGUCUCAACAAAAGUUGUUGGCACACCAGGAUACCUUGACCCCGAGUACUAUGCAACAAACCGGUUGAACGAGAAGAGUGAUGUUUUUAGCUUCGGGGUUGUUCUAUUGGAAAUAAUCACAGGGCAACCUGCAAUUACUAAAACUCCUGAGAAAGUUCAUAUAAUUAAAUGGGUUAAUUCCAUGGUUGAAAGAGGGGAUGUUAAGAAUAUUAUGGAUCCGAGAUUAGAACGAGACCUUGACAUUAAUUCUAUUUGGAAAGCAAUUGAAGUGGCAAUGAGUUGUGUAUCUUUCACUUCCACCAAAAGGCCAACCAUGACUUAUGUAGUGAUGGAAUUAAAGCAAUGUUUGGCAAUGGAGUUGGCUCGGAAGCAUGAGGGUUUUGAGAUAGAUUUAGACCAAAUUAGUGGAAUGAACUUUGUGCAUUCUGGACAAACUCCCUUGGCAAGGUAG